AUGAUUCCGAAGACUGGUGAGACGGGAAAGAUGGGAGCAGAAAUCAGGAAACAGAGGGAGAGAAAAAUGAAGGGUAAAAUUGACUUUGUGUUAGCUCCUGUUGCGCCAUCCAAAGAGGGAAAGGAGAUCGUGGCGAUUGAUAUUUGCAAACUUGGGUUGGUGCAGAAAGCUUUCUCCUUCUUCCUAAAGUUUCAAGGUCUCGUCGUUGACAUGAUAUACAGCAUCAAAGACCGGCACCACAGCCGGAGAUAUUUUGAAAGCAAAUCGGCAGAAGAGGCCCUCAUACUCAUAGAAGUUCAGCUCAAUUUCAUGUAUGAAGCUUUCUACACCAAGGCCUCGGUGAUUCGCCAAUAUUGGUUCUGGUUCUGGGGAAAAUUCGUUUCCUUAAUGUCCAUUACGGCCACCCUCGUACUCUUCAUUAAGGCAGACAGGCAUGGUUUCGACAAGUUGGAUGUUAGGGUGACUUUUGCGUUGUUGUUUGGCGCUCUGUUCCUGGAUGUCAUGGCUCUUUUCAAGCGUUUUUUCACUGAUUACACUGCUACCCUCUCCGAUGAAUCUCUAAUAGAUUCCUACGCAGCUUCUCCUUACCAACAAUUCCGAAUCAGAAUCUUCAAGUAUCUCAAUGGAAUAUUUUUGUCGUGGUUCCUCAAGCGGGGGAAUCUAACUUGGACACGAAUCCAGAAAGGCCCUUACCAAGGCUGUCACAGAUUGUCCACCAAAUUUUUAAUGCGCAGAUGGUCUGGAUCAAUCACGGGGUACAAUCUGCUGAGUUACAGCGUGAACGAGUCAGUUAAGAGGGAUCCUGAUAAUCUAUGCCUCAAAAUCUGGGUGUAUGUACAGGAUUUAUUCUAUCAACGGGACAGACGAUCUAAUAUUAAAGACCUCCUUGAUCAAUGGAGGUAUGAAUCCGAAAACCCGUUCGUGAAAGAGCUUUGGGAAUACUUGUUCGAAAAGCUGAAAGAGAAAUCAGCUGGUGCUCAAGAUAUAGAGGCCAUCCAAAGCAUAUGUUCUGCUAGAGGAGAGAAGGUUGUCCAGAAAAAAAACUUAGAAACCCUGAAGCCAUUUGUGGAUCCCAACGAAGUUGCUUUUGAUCAAAGCCUUCUACAGUGGCACAUUGCUACUACUCGCUGCUCCACCGAAGACGCUAAUAAUGAAGAGAGUGCUACUAGUCUCUCUUCCACCGAAGACGCUAAUAAUGAAGAGAGACAAAUCAGCAUGCUUGUCUCAGAUUACAUGCUAUACCUUCUGGUUAUGCAGCCCAACAUGAUGUCCGCCAUAGCAGGAAUGGGACAAAAGAGGUUCCAAGACACAUGUGAAGAGGCCAAAAGGUUCUUCAAGAGGAGGAGCAUUAAUGCUCAGGAUAUGCUGAAGAAAGCUUGCGACAUUCUAAUGGAAGUGCCAACAGAACAAAAACCCGUUGAUGUGAAGAAUUUGACAGAUAACGAGAAAUGGAAAAUGAUAGCUCGUGUGUGGGUGGAAUUGUUGUCGUAUGCCGCGUGCCACUGCAGGCCUACGGGACACGUCCAGUUAUUGAGUAAAGAUGGCGAGCUCAUUUCCUCUGUUUGGCUCUUGAUGGCUCAACUCGGUCUCAGCACUCAGUUUCAAAUCAAGGAUGGCGACGGGAGGGUCAAACUCAUAGCGGCUUACUCCCACAAUUAA